GUGGCAAGUGUAAUUGAAGAAACGAUGUAUCUUUAAGAUUUUUGAAUAAUCUAUUUUUGAUUAAUUCGUAAUAUUCGCACAGCAGAAAAAAGAUUGUGCUCAAAAUAUUUAUCGAACAAAAAUAAUAUUUAAUACCAGUCUGUAAUUAAACGAUUCGAUAUAAUAAGUAAAAUGUAAAUAGUUUAAGAUUAUUAUCAUCUGAUGUCACGUGAUCACAUGCAAUGGCGAGGUUAUUGAUUGCAGAUGAACGUGACCGCGCAAGCUCUAUCUGUUUCAAUGAAGUAUCGUGCUUGCAUAUGGAACCGCGAACGGAGAUACAACGGUAGGAGCCCGUGGGUGAAACACCUGCAGCAGUGAUGAUCAAAAUGUUAUUUAGUUUGAUUACUUGUGCAUGGUUAAUUACUUUCGGUGUCCUAACGAAUCUCUCUCAUGGCGAACAGCAAUUUUAUAAGGAUGCAGUUCGAGAAGCGCCACGAGAUAUAUCUGCUUUAAAACAGUUCGCUGAAUACAUUGCAAAUCAAAAUCUUAAGCAACAUAUGCAUCAUUCAUAUCUACUACCACUUCUUAUCUCACAGAUUCAUAAGAAAUAUCACUUGGAUCUUAGCAAUCAGGAAGUGCAUGAAAUUUUUAAGUCGUUAAAAGGAAAAUUUCAUUUGGAUGAUAGAUUGAGAGAACAAAAGUUAAUCCCCGGGGAUUAUAUCUCCCAGAUUCAACGUAUUGAUCGAAAGCAGCCUUUGCCCGGGAACGACUAUACUCUUCUAUACUAUGGUUUUAUUCCAUUGUUUAAGAGUUUUAAUACUAAACUAUCUUAUCAAGAUAAUAAAAUAAUAAAAGAAAAUCGAAAGUACAGAAAUAUAGAUAUUGGAUAUCUGCAAGAAAAAAGACAAUCUCUGUACAAUGCAGAGAUUGAAGAUAAUGCUGACAAAGAUAUAAUCGCUAAUAUUUUAAAAAAACAUCUGAUGUUAACUAGACAAAUAAUAGAAAAAAAUAAAGACUUAAUAUCGUCAUUUGCACAAGUACCUAAAUUCACAUAUUUUUUUGAUGAUCCAAAUUUGAAAGAAAAAUAUCCAUUUAUUCAACCUAAUGAUCCUAGGUAUUAUGAAAAUACCAUUUUUUCUCUUGAUACUAAAAAUAAUGAGGGAGAUGAAGAGCUAACAGUUGAUCCCAUAAGUAGCAAAGAAAAUAUAUUACUUGAACAAACUACAGAGAAACAAUUAACAGAUGUAGAAAUCGAUAAAUAUGACGCAGUAAAAAAUAUUACUGUAGGAACGUUAAUGGAAGAAGAAAAAUCUGGAAAAAAUCGUCCUUUUAUUGUUUCAAUUGCUCAAGAUUUAAAUAAUGAUAUAUAUUUUAUUGCUGUUAUUGCUGGUUGCAGUGCAGCAGCAAUGUUCAUUUGUGUAUUAAUCAGUUUAACAUGGUGCAGAUUGCAACGUGGAGCAAAAGCAGCUGCCGAUAUAGAAUAUCCAGCUUAUGGUGUAACAGGUCCAAAUAAGGAUAUAUCACCUUCUGAAGAUCAAAGACUGGCUCAAUCAGCACAAAUGUAUCAUUUUCAACAUCAGAAACAACAGAUUAUUGCUAUGGAAAAUCGUACUUCUACAACUAGAGAUCCAGGGUCUUUAUCCGAAGCAGAAAGUGACGAAGAAAAUGAAGAAGGCGAUUACACUGUUUAUGAAUGUCCUGGUUUAGCUGCGACUAGUGAAAUGGAGGUAAAAAACCCCUUAUUUCAUGAUGAUCCAACUCCAGCUACACCAGCACAUACUAAUAAAGAAGAGGACCAUAAGUAAUUUCAGUAAAUUGCAGCCAAAUUUACUUUUAAAAUUUUCCGUGGUGCUUAGCUCAUUAUUAAUGUACCAUAUCAAAAAUAGCUAUCUAUAUUAAAAGUAUAGAAUUUUAUUAUUAUUAUUAUUAUUAUUAUUAUUAUUAUUUUUAUUUUUAUUAUUAUCAUUAUUAUAUAAUAUGAGAAGUAUAUAAAAAACAUUUUAACAAAAACGAGCUAUAAAAUAAUUACGGUUGCAGUUUUCAAAACAAAGCUUUUUAAUUAUACAAAGAUUUUUAUAUGAUCAUUUCUUAGUUCAGUUUAGUAAACACAUGUCUUUUUCUCUAUGAUAUGAAUAGUAUAUAUUUUCAUAAUGAGAGAUUCAAUAUGACUAUUUAGCAAGUUUUAUGCAGAAUAUUAAAUUUUAUGUUGCAUUUAUAAAAAAAAUAUUAGAUACAGAAGUAAAAGUCUGCAUUUGUUUUCAUUCAAUUAUUGUGAUUAUUUAACAAAUUAUUCUAAAUAUACAUUAUGAAAGUUUAUAAUGUAAUUCUGUAUGGAAAUGUAUUGAGAACUAUGCAUAUUCAUGUAUUAAUAUAUAAAAUGAAGAAAUUACAUGAGUAUUUAGUCCAAUAUAACACAGAAUUACUAUUAUGAAUAGUAAUAAGUACUUGACUUAUAUCACUGAUUUGUAACAUUUACUUUUUUGAUUCUUUUCCAUUUUCUACAGUUAAUAAGCACUUAUGUAAAUGAAAUAAUUAAAUGCUAUUUGCAUGUAUUUCUUAUGAUUCUUGUAACAGAGAUGAAAAUAUAAUACGUGCAAAUUGUAUAAUGAGAAAAGGUAUAUACAAUAUAAAAUAUAAUAACAAUAUGUGCAGGGUAACUCCUAAGUCAUAUAUUAAUUUAUAGUAAAAAAAUUGGAAUCAAAAUUUUCUGUUAGCUCUUUUAUUAUAGUACAAUUUAUGAUGUGUACUCCAUAAUUAGUUUGUUCUUUUUUCUCUAAGUUUCUUUGUUGAUACUACAAAACUCAAUAUUGCCGAAAGUAAUAGUAAUCUUAUAAACACUUAGAAAAAAAGUACUUUGAAAGUAUUCAUUAAAAUAUUAAAGUCAGGAGUACAAUGGAAUCCAUGGAAAAAUUGUAUUUAUAACUGCUCUGCUUAUAUCAUCUAUGCUAUAAAUCCAAUGUUUAGUAAAUGCAAAUAUUUUUUUAUCAAGCUUGUAAUUUUGCAGAGCUCUAUUUUUCAUGAAUAUUCCCUAUAUUAUCCUGAAGGUAAUGAUUAAAGAGUAAAUGCUAUAAAAUAUAAAAAAUAAUAUUUUUGAAGCUUUACCAAAUAUUUUCUUAGCUUAUUCUCUAAGUUACUAUAUCACAAAAAAUAAAAAUAGCUAGUUAGAAGCUAAUAUUUCUUUGAUAGAUAUAUUUAAUAUUUACUUCAACAAUUUUCAGACAUUAUAAUGUCUUUGAAUUAUUAAUGGAUAUAUUUAAAUCAAAGCUUAAUAGAUGAUCUAAUAUCUGUUAGGAUAUUAAUAUAAUAAUUGACUAUUUUCAUUUAUUAUUAAUUCAUAUCAAUCAUUCAAAAUUAUAGUAUUGAUUUGAUGAUGGAACAUUUGAUUAUUUCUGAAAUUGAAUAUAUCAAUAAUUUACUAUUAUUUAAUAUAUGAUAUAGCACUUGUUGCUUCAAAACAAAAAUAUUUUAUUUUUAUAUAAACGGAUUGUUAGCUGUAUAGAGAGUUUAUAAGAUACUCGUAUACUAUAUUGCUGUUCUCAUUACUUUUAUUAUAACAAGAAAUAUUAUCAUACAUAUUUUUCACUAUUAAGUUAUUUGCAUUUUAAUAAAUUGUAGUGUGAAUUGUAAACUCGACGAUAGUGGGCACUAACUAGACUAACACUACUAAAGUUAAACUUCUUUAAAAUAAUAAACUAUAUACAAUAGCAAAUUAUUUAUUUAUUAAAAUAUCUAUGAUUGUAUUUUAUAUGUAAACAUUAUGUGUUGCAGCAUGGGUCUAAAUUUGUACUCCUCUAGUCUCUUUAGGAUCUGUUAUUGUGUAUUAAUAAAUGUAAUACUAUAUAUACAUACAAAGAUACUAUACGUGGACAAUCCAUAUACAAAUCAAUUUUUAAAUAAGAAUUAAAGUCAAUGUUUAGUCGUUAGUUAAAGUCGUUAGUUAAAGUAGUUAAUUAAAGUCAGUUUCAUUAAAUUCCAUUAAACUAUGAUCAUUGUUUCUCUUAAUAAUUACUCGUAUACGUAUAUAAAUAUAUAUGGUGUGUUAAUAUUAUUCAGCAAAAUAUGGCAUUAAAGUUAAGUUUAUAGAUAAAUUUAUAUAUUCUCUUUUAUGUUAUUUUAUGUUGCAGAAUAUAUAAAAUAUAAAGAUAUUGUUCAACAUCUUAAAGUAAAUUAUAUCAUUGUUAAUAUUAUUUGCUCUUCCACUAUGUAAUCUUAAUUAUAAAACAUAUGUAACAUGUUUUUAUUUUAUUAAAUAAAUUGUUUAUUUCAUUAAAUGAUUCAAAUCA